UUACUACUAAAUCACAAGAUGCAGACCAUUAGUAGUUAACGGGAGUAACAUUUCGCGUGUGCAGUUCGUUUGGUACAAUGCCUCCUCAAUGACUAGAUUUUGUAAAUGUGAAAUGUUUGAUCGAACAUUUCCUCGAAAGAUACUUAAUUUUCUGCAAAUUACCACAUCCAUUCUUGGCGACAAAGCUCCAGGAUAUUUACAGAGGUUUGCUCAAUAAUAUUUGACACUGAUUCGAACUACUCCACAGGAUAACAUUCAGUGUUCAGAAUGGCCGAAAAAGGAGAAAAGCCCGAACGCCCCUUGGGACCAGAUGGUAAGCCCAUCCCCGGGCCCGAGCAAAUGCGUCAAAUCCAAGCCUCGAGAAAAAUGGGCCAACAACAGGCCCAGGUGGAUGAGGUCAUUGGAAUGAUGCACAAGAACGUGGAAGAAGUCUUAGAGAGGGAUACCAAGCUGAACGCCCUGGAAGAACGUGCCGACGCCCUACAAGACGGAAGCGCUCAGUUUGAAAAGCGAGCUGCCUCGUUGAAGAAUAAGUUCUGGCUCGAGAAUCUCAAGUCCAUGAUUGCCAUGGGCAUCAUUGGGCUCAUUCUGUUGGCCAUCAUCUACUAUAAGUUUCUGGCUCCACCUCCUCAACCGGCUUAUCCACCCGGCUACAUGCAACCUCCGCCUCCACCCCCACCAUCCCAUUCUGGUAGCGGUGGAGGAUCCUCUUCUGAGGGAUCCUCGAGCUCCGAAUAAUGAUUUAAGUUAUCUCAAUAACAACUUGGAUCAGGCACUGGGCUUGCGUGAAAUGGCUGUCCAGCUGAAAAUGUUAAAACUGCUCUUUGACUAGUCACAUUGAUAUAAAUCCAUGAUUAGACAGGAUUCUCUUGGUUCUUCCCCAUAAAUUUGAUCAUCGGUUUGUUUCUGUUGGAUUGAAAGUUAUCGUUUAUGGUUCUGAGGCUAUCUCACCUGUUUAAUCAGUUGAAUCAUCAAUAAAUUGUAAGUCAUGUUUGUUAUGCCACUCAA